GGGAGACGUGUGUCUGGCUUCUUGCAGGUACCUGCGUGGAUCCUCCCAGAAUCCCCACCUACCAGGGCUGAGCCCGUCCUCGGGGCUACCUCAGACUGGCCGUGCUUGGAGACGCCAGUGUACUGAGCUGACUACAGACUGCCUUUUCCGUGCCCUGGGAACCAGAGACAUGACCUGACACCCUGAUGACCACUCUCGGGGCCUUUGGGUAACUGGCCAGUGCACCAUGGAACUUAAAGUAUGGGUGGAUGGAGUCCAGAGGAUCGUUUGUGGGGUUACAGAAGUCACAACUUGCCAGGAGGUUGUCAUAGCCUUGGCCCAAGCUAUAGGUCGAACUGGAAGGUACACCCUUAUAGAAAAAUGGAGAGACACUGAAAGACACUUGGCACCUCAUGAAAAUCCUAUCAUCUCCCUAAACAAAUGGGGGCAGUAUGCCAGUGACGUGCAGCUCAUCCUGCGCCGCACGGGGCCAUCGCUCAGUGAGCGGCCCACCUCGGAUAGUGUGGCUCGGAUUCCCGAAAGAACUCUGUACAGGCAGAGUCUGCCCCCCUUAGCCAAGCUGAGGCCACAGGUAGACAAGUCAAUCAAGAGGAGAGAACCUAAGAGGAAGUCACUGACCUUCACAGGAGGUGCCAAAGGGUUAAUGGACAUUUUCGGAAAAGGCAAAGAAACUGAAUUUAAGCAGAAGAUGCUAAAUAACUGCAAAACCACAGCAGAUGAGUUGAAGAAACUGAUCCGUUUGCAGACAGAAAAGCUUCAAUCCAUUGAGAAGCAGCUGGAAUCUAAUGAAAUAGAAAUACAAUUUUGGGAACAAAAAUAUAAUUCUAACCUUGAAGAAGAAAUCGUCCGCCUAGAGCAAAAGAUCAAAAGAAACGAUGUAGAAAUUGAGGAGGAAGAAUUUUGGGAAAAUGAAUUGCAGAUUGAACAGGAAAAUGAAAAGCAGCUGAAGGAUCAACUUCAGGAAAUACGGCAGAAAAUCACGGAGUGUGAGAGCAGGUUGAAGGACUACCUGGCCCAGAUCCAGGCCAUGGAAAGCGGCCUGGAAGCUGAGAAGCUGCAGCGGGAGGUGCAGGAGGCGCAAGUGAACGAGGAGGAGGUGAAGGGGAAGAUCGGGAAGGUCAGGGGGGAGAUCGACAUCCAAGGCCAGCACAGCCUGAGGCUGGAGAAUGGGAUUAAAGCUGUGGAAAGGUCUCUGGGACAGGCCACCAAGCGGCUACAGGUAGGCGCAUUGUUACAGUUUAUCCAGCAGACUGGAACAAAAGUCACCGUCCUGCCAGCAGAACCCACUGAAAUAGAGGCCUCCCAGGCAGACCUAGAAAGGGAGGCACCGUUCCAGUCGGGGUCCCUGAAGAGACCUGGCUCGUCUCGGCAGCUUCCCAGCAAUCUUCGUAUUCUCCAGAACCCGAUCUCGUCGGGUUUCAAUCCUGAAGGCAUAUAUGUAUAAUACCGUCUGUCGUUAGUGGAGGGACCCAAUGAAGGUACCGAGGACAGUAAUGUUCCUUCUUCACUUUGUGCCAAUGACGAACAGAGGAUGUAUGUCACGACCCGCCACGUCUGUCUUUUCUCUCCCAAGUUGCGUGCCACUCAGAGCCAUACCCCGUGCACUGAUGCUAAAGAACAAAGAAACUGUUUUCACACAUCAGCAGUAUUGACAUCUUUGUCCAGCAGCUAUAACGCAAAGCCUUCAUUUUUAUUUCAGGCAUUUUCAGAUCAUUAGGAAAGUAUUAUACUACGUGUGUACAUAAAUAAACCAUGAACCAAGAGUAAAGAGAAUUAUGUGACUGGCUUAGCUUAAUUUAUUCCAUGUACUUGAUGAAUGUGUGAAUACUGUUUUAAUAUUUUUGUUGAUACUUCUCCUGUGACUUAAUUGUGUUACACAUUGUGUGAUUAUGAUUCUGUGUGCAUGUUGCCAGACUUCUCCCCAGCAUCGCCCAUUUACCACUACAGAAGUAUGGGGCGCCCCAGCCCCCAUGCUAACUCCAGAAGAACCCCUGCGUCUCACUGAUGAGCCUGUCCUAGCCAUUGCUCAAUUAGGUAACAUAAUUGAGAUUUCUUUUUAAGGUGGAAUUUAACCUUUCUGUACAGCGUUUUCAAAUAUCUGAGUGACCACACAGCCUAACAAAUAAUUUUCAUGAAUUAAAUUGUUCAUAUAAAAGGUUUCAAUAUUUCAUAUACUGCUGAACAAAACUGUAUGUUAGAUAUUUAUCCAAGUGGGCAUGGGGUUUCCUGAUACAUUAUGUGAUUUGUCUAAAUCCUGUCUUAUCAUUUAUUGCCCUGGAUCCUCAGAAUUAACAUGGUACAUAAAUUACGGAUAUCCGAGGAUCAGAGUGGUAUACUCUGGGAUGCUGAUGAUAGACCAAAUGCUAAUUGUUUUUAAAUUUUCACUAGUCCUUGUUGGCAGCACAUAAGGAUUGCAUUCAUCUUGGGGGCUGUAUUAGUACGGUCUGUUAGCAUCCACGGCCACGGGUAAGUUAUUCUUCGUACAUGGUUUAUGUUCUUACGCACUAUUGUGCUUUCUCCAGUCACUUAGGAGAAGAGAUUGGAGUUAGGUACCUUUUACUGAAGAAAUAAAAUUCAGAGUAUAUUUUCUUUUUUAGGUUUGCAUUUUAUAGGAUAUUAAUCUCCAUUUGUACAUAUGUUGUUUCAUUUCUAAAACCAAAAUGAGUCAAACCUGUCCCAUGAGUGGUAACUUCACUAAGAUUCACAAGUAAUGUUUAGACAGAUACUGUCUAGACACCUCAUAGCUAUUUUUACAUUCCCUCUGAACAAAUCUGGUACAAUGUAAUUACCAUUUUGAUCUGAAAUUUAAGGUAGUUUGUCAUUUUGAAGAAAUAUAUUCUCUGUAUUAUUUACAUGCAACAAAAUAAAAGUGGGUUACCAGGGUAAUGCCAUGGUAACCUCAAAGAAGUAUGUCUUUGCAUGAAGGCGACUUUGGAUGUCUCAGCACAUGUGACUUAUUUUAGGUUUAAUGAAUGCCAGGAAUGCUGCUUUAUUUAGGUAACCUAGGAGAAACUUUAAGAAUGGCUAUGAAAAUAUAUAGAAGCUUCUAGAGAGCUGAAAGCAGUGCAGUGUUGCCUUUUGUAGUGCAGGUAAAUAAGAGACCUCAACUGAAAAUAUUUUCUUUGGGUUCCUGGAGUUAACGAAUUGAUCUUGCCAUUAGACGACUUUCCAGAUAAUGUGAGAAAUAUGAAAUGAUUCUUACCAACAUGAUCACAACCUGUACACAUUUGCUCUCAAUUUAUAAUAGUUAUUUCUUAUCUACAUGUAUUUAAAAUUAAGAUACUUAAAAACCAAAAUAAUUUGUAGCCUUUGUGAUAAUAAUGAUUUAUGUAUGCCCAAUAUAUGCCUUAUUUCUAAAGAGCCCUGUCCUACACUGAGUCAUCCUGUGGUGGUUCAGAGAAAUUCAGACCUUAUUCACAAAGAAACACGUUUUAUAAAUUCAUUGUAUUCUAUUCCAAUGAAAUGCUGAACCGUAGUUAUGUUACACUUCGUGAUUAAUUGCAAAGCUGCCUUGUGGUACCACGAAAACCAGCAUCAGUAUCUCACUGUAACUUAGCAGAAGUUGUGUAACACCUUUCAAGAAGAGCAGGCCCCAGUCCACCAGCUUGCAGCGGUCCGGCUUCCCCAGCGUCCUCACAGUGCACCUCUUGGACAGCCCCACAAGGUUCUCAGGCCACUGUGUGGCCUUGUGAUUGUGCACAGAUGGGACUCCACAUAGAAAUACUGUGCCUCAUGUGGGAAGAGUAAGGAUAUGUGAACUGUCGAGUGCAUCGAGCAGCUAGGCUUUUUAAUCAGUCAUGUUACUUUUGGAAACACAUACUUCAGUAGUAUUUUUUAAAUCUGUUUUUAAAAUAGAAAAAAAUUCAUUUCCAUGGAAGCAUCUUAGAAUAUUUUAGUGUCUUUGGAAUCAUUCUUACCUAUUGUGGAUACAAAUAACUUGGAUUAAGUGCCACAUCUUUAGGUACAUUUUGAAGGGGGAGCAGGCCAUGGUGUACAACAAUACCAAAUACAAAAUUCUGCAGCAGGGGAAAUAUUCAGCUUCUACAUAAUGAAUUAAGAAUGUCUGUUUUUUUACUCACACAGUAAUUUUCUACAAUAUUAUAUAGACUAAAAUUAGCUUUUGUUUUUUACCAAGGAAUAAUCUGAAAUGACAUUGGUCUGUUUGACCUUUUGAGUGUCAUCAUCCUAAAAAAAUGGGUUAUCUGUUUUUUUCUUUAUAAGAUAUCUUGGGUUGUUUGCAUUUCUUUUUUUAAUCUUAAUGCACUGAAUGUUUUUUAUAUGUGAGGCUUCAAUUUUAUCAGUAGAAGUUACUCUCCUAAUUCUUAGUCACCAGUGAGCAAAUCAUCAAUUCCUAGAGUUGAAAUUAGUCAUAAAUGAGCUAAAAUAAGACUGAUAGAGUAAAAAAUAUCCAAUACUGCAAAAUAUAUAAUAAAAUUUAUGGCGUGAUGUGUGAGUUAUAGCAAUGUCUACGAAGAAUAAAUGAGGUCUUGCUUCCGCAGUUAAAACAAAAUGUCCUCCUAUAUUGAAAGAGAACUUUCUUUGUGAAUAAGAGCAAAAUGGUCUUCAAAGGAAAUAACUUCAUGUAAAGCCAUUUCUGUGAACCCUUUUCCAAGGUAGAAUGUAGUGGAUUGAGGAAGUAAUUUGAAAAAGGCAAAAGCUGGCUCCCAGGCCCCAGAAGGAUGAGGGCAGAGGGGCCUCUGGCGGCACGCAUUGCCUUGGAGAACCUGGGCCUUAAUUUAUAUAUGUACGUAACAGCGCUGUGUCCUCUCUUCUACCUUAAGUUGUCUGUAUUAGUCUAUAUUAAAAUUUAGCUCAUAAAUAUUAUUUUUAUAUUCUGGUAGUUUCUUAAGUUGCAUGUUUCUACUGUGUGCCACAGUGUUUUUGAGUUCUGAAUGAAGGCUGUCAGCUCUAUUAAAAAAGACAGAACAAUCAUUAUUUAUUCUAAUCUUGCUGCUUUCCGUUUCCCGGUCAAGCUUUCGACACCAGGACAGUGACUGCAAGCUGGUGGAGCUCUGUCCAAUGCAUUAUAUAUAUUUUUAGAAACCACAUAAAUGCAGAUAACUAUUUAGUAUACUAAUUAUAUUAAACCAGCAGAAAUAUAAAGGCAAUAAAGUCUAUACAUAUAUAUGAGGGGAGGGAAAGAUGAAAACUAUAGAUUUGCAGGCAGACAUGAGAAUAGCCCUAAGUGUAUCUCUUAAUGACUUUCUUCACAGACCCUAGGAGGACUGGAGUUGCUGCAGCUUUAAACAGAAAAUUGCCAUGUUCACUAAUUGUGGGCCAUAAAUACGCUUUUAGUACUGCUUCGCUUGUGUACAGAGAUCUGUAAUAUGUAUUAUAUGUAAUUAUGUUCAUUCGACUUUCAUUUUAAAAUGAGUAUUUUCUGAUUAUUAUCAUGAGCUGUAAAGCAAAAGAUCAAUAUCUGAUAUUCUCCCAAAUAAUAAAUUUUCAGGAUUCAUUGGGGCA